AUGCACCGCCCAGCCUUCCUCUCGCUCAACACGCGCUCUCCACGCGACAGCUCCUUCUCCUCAUCCUCCUCAACCACCAGCUUAACCGCCAGCCCGCCAAUCUCCCCCGCCUCAGGUGUCCGUCGAGCCGGACAAAACAAUAAACCAUAUCCACAUCGCCCUGAGCACGGCGUCUCUCCCUCGCCGACGACCACAUGCACCACAGCCCCCAAGAAUAUUAAGGAUAACAACAAUGAUACCCACAAACCGAAAAGCAUCCUCCCCUGCGCGGCCCUUCGCGGACGCACCGCAGUGAUGAUUCUCCGCCGCCGGCCGUCGGCCGUGGACAUGGCGCUCAACGAGGAGCGAUGCCGCUGCGACGACGACGCUAUUGAGCGGCAGGGUCUGCAUAUGAUGGAGCCAAGGCCGGUGGAUAUGGAGAUGCGGCCUGCUUCGGCGGGUGGCACGCCGUUUGAGCUGGGAUUCGCUGGGUCUGGCCGCAGCUGGUCUAGCGCUGGAUCCGCGUCUUCGGCGGAUGAACGGGCUUCGUUGUCCAGGGGCCUGGUUGUGCAGCAGCCGCGGUUUGUGAUGGGGGGGAUUUUUGAGGUUAUGGAGGGAAGGGCUUGA